AUGGCUCCCACGACUAGGUCCUUAAACAAUCGGAAUUCAGACGUGCAGGUGAUUGCUACGGCUAUGCUGACCGGCCAACAGGAUGAUGUGAUCAGUGAAGCCGAGCGUCUUCUGAAAGAGUUGCGUGGCGAGCAGGGUGGGAUGAAAAAAGAAGGUGAUGUAGCGGCUGCACUGAAACUCUUUCUCGAUAAGAAGUACGGCCGACUUUGGCACGUGGUGCUGGUUCGUGGAUCAUUCUGG